AUGGUCGAACUACCGGAAUUUAAAGCUACUUCGCUUGAGGAGAUUCCCGCGCGCGUUUCCACGGCCCGCAAGGCGUUUAAUGAGAACAAGACCCGCGACUUGGAGUUCCGCCUCGUCCAGCUGCGCAAGCUGUACUGGGCCAUCAAAGAUAAUGAAGAGGCCAUUAUGGAGGCCUGCGCCCAGGACCUGCACAAGCCUCGGUUCGAGACCAACCUGGGAGAGAGCGGAUGGCUCCUGAACGACAUUGUCUUCACGACGCGCAACCUGCACAAAUGGGCCAAGGAUGAGAAGGCCUCCGAUAUCGAUCUCGCCUUCAAGUUCAUGAGCCCCAAGAUCAGAAAGGAUCCUCUGGGCACUGUGCUGGUCAUUGGUGCCUUCAACUUCCCCUUCCAAUUGACUCUCGGCCCCGCCAUCGGUGCCAUCGCCGCCGGAAACACAGUGGUGAUCAAGCCUAGCGAAAAUGCUCCCGCCAGCGCGGCUCUCAUGCAGAAGAUCAUCGAGGCGAGUCUCGACCCCUCGUGCUACACAAUCAUCCAGGGUGGUAUCCCCGAGACACAAGCCCUGCUUGCCGAACGGUGGGACAAGAUCUUCUUCACAGGUGGCGCCACCGUCGGACGCAUCAUCGCCAAGGCCGCUGCCCAGCAUAUGACCCCCGUCGUGCUCGAGCUAGGCGGUAUCAACCCGGCCAUCGUGUCCAAGAGCGCGAACCCGCGUCUCGUCGCCCGCCGCAUGCUCUGGGGUAAGCUCCUGAACGCCGGCCAGCUCUGUACCUCGCAGAACUACAUCCUGGUCGACAAGUCGCUCGUUCCGGAGGUCGUACAGGAGUUCAAGAAUGCGUACAAGGAGUUCUACCCCCAGGGUGCUAAGGGCUCGCCUGAUUACGCGAGCAUCGUCAACGAGACCGCCUUCGCUCGUCUCAAGUCCAUGCUUGAUAAUACCAAGGGCCAGAUCCUUAUGGGUGGCACCAUGGAUGAGAAGGAGCUGUUCAUCGAGCCGACCGUUGUCCAGGUUGACUCGGUUGAUGACUCCCUGUGCUCGCAGGAGAGCUUCGGUCCCUUCAUCCCCAUCUUGCCUGUGGAGAACCUCGACGAGGCUAUCAGGCUGGCCAAUGGUGUCCAGAGCACGCCGCUGGGUCUCUACCCCUUCGGUAACAAGGCCGAUGUCGAGAAGAUUGUGUCUUCCACCCGCUCUGGCGGCGUUUCCUGCAAUGACGCUGCGCUGCACAUCCCAACCCUGCCCUUCGGCGGUGUCGGCGAAAGUGGCUACGGUGCUUACCGCGGCCGCUCCAGCUUUGAUGUCUGGGUGCACCGCCGCCCCAUCACCUCCACCCCAAGCUGGCUGGAGUCUGUCCUGGCUAUCCGAUACCCACCGUACGCCGGAAAGAUCAGCAAGUUCAAUGCUGCCAGCACCUUGCACCCCGACUUUGACCGCAACGGCAACAAGCUGAGUCUCGGCUGGCUGCGCUGCAUCUUCACUUUGGGUGGAGGCAGUGCGAAGGCUGGAGCCGCUAGAGCUACUGCUCUUGCUGCCAUUGCCUACAUCGUCCUACAGGUCCUCGAACGCCGAUCUUCGAAAUUGUGA